AUGAUGAUCGAAAAGAGUCCUGAGGACACCAAUUCUGAGCCUGCCGUCAAACCCAUCGCAUCGCAGGAGAAUGGGGCACCUGCGGACAAUUCUCCUGCGUCUGCACGGCUUGAGUCUGGAUCGAGCCCAGAAUCCCUCCGUCGGACAAGCUCCAAAAUAGCCAACUUGAGGGCGGCUUUCGAGAAGCAGCAAGAUGCGAACGGGGAUUCAUUGCGCCCAGAAACGCCCAAGAGACGCUUCGAGAGAAGUGCAAGUGGUGAACAUAGCCAGGAUGAAAUAGUAAAGCUGAAGGAUCAAGUAAAUGCCGUGACGAAGCUGGCGGAGCGUCGAGAAGAGGAGAUCAAGAAGCUGAAAGAGCAAGCGGAAGAAAGCACCAGAGUACAAAAGGCGCUGGAAGAGAGAGUUCCGACACUGGAAGGGCGCGUCAAGGAACUGGAGGCAUCUCUGCUGGAGAGGGAUGAAAAGUGCGAAGCCGAAGUAGAGAAGCAGAACAUUCUGUCUAUCGAGAAGAGUCGCUUGCAGGAUGAGGCGAGCAAGACGCAACAACAGCUGUUGGAACUCAAGCGGACGAUUGCAACGAAUACCCGCGUAGAGAAUCAGGUAUCGGAUGCAAACAUUGCGGAGCAGAUGCAAUUGUUGUACCACGAAAUCCAGACGUGGAUUGUCGCGAAUUACCGAAAAUCAGAAAGAUCUCCGGAAGACAUGUGCGCAAAGCUGGAAAGCAUCGCGGAGCCAAAGCUGUUAGCCCUGAAAGCCGUCUUUGAGAAAACGACUUUUGUGACAAGGCUUUCAGCUCUUCAGACAGUGACCGUUUAUUACCUCGUGGAGAUCUUCCAGGACCCGCUGUUCUUUGGUCUGCCAAUCCAGCAGCGUCACCUCAAGAAAUGUGCAGAGACCUUGCCGACCAUCCUGUCUUUCGAAGCGUUCAAUCGAUGGAGGUCAGUCACUGCCGAUACCAUACGUCAGAGCGAGAGUGUUCGGGACUCUGUCGAAUCAGCGUCAAGGAGCAUGUCAGAAAUUAUAUGCAUUACGCUCAAUACCUUGACUGAUUCAGAGGAGUCCACUUCUCGAAUUGCGGCUCUGACAGUGAUUGUGAAGAAGGUUAUCUCUCUGGCGCAUAUUUGCAAAGCCCAACGGGCUCAAUAUGACUUCGAUCUACCUUCUGCUGGCUCUUCUUUCCUUUCAGACAGCAUGGAAGACACUGGUGGAAGUGAUGUGGCAGGAAAUCGUUCGGUCCGUUGUGCUACGUCCCCUUCCGUAACGAAGCUCGGCGGCGAGGGUGGUGGGGACAUGCAUACGUCAACCUUGAUUGCCAAGGCGAAAGUGCUCUGUAACGAAUGA